GCACACGCUGCUGACUGCUUGUGUCUCAUACGUGAAGUCUGUUGCGUCAGUCCAGGGUAAUUAUCACCCUGUGUUUUGCUUCCAACCAUCCCCUGCCCUGGUAUUUUUCGGAAACAUCGCGGUGUGAGCAGCAGCAGUGCAUACAGCAGCAUCGUCGCUCAAGUUGCAGUGCGGAAAUAGAAUGAGCGCAGCUUCGGCAAGAACGGGCACCGACAAUACCAGGGUGGCCACCUCUGGGGGAGGCCCCUCCCUCACAGACGCCUACCUUCUGCUGUACAAUGGAGCCUGCGCGGUGGGGUGGAACCUGACCCUCUACAAGAUCGGCGGCGCGAUCCUAGAGGGCGGCGACGUGAGGGACGCCGUGCAGGCGACGCACGACUACGUCGCCGUGCUGCAGCUGGUGUCCACGCUCGAGCUCGUCCACGCCUUCGUAGGUCUGGUCAAGAGCAACCCGAUGAACGUGUUCAUGCAGGUGUUUGGAAGAGAUCUAGCGCUGUUCUCGGUGGUGACGGCCUUCCCGCCGGUACGAGACAGCCCGUGGGUGCUCCUCAUGUUCACAGCCUGGGCAACGUCCGAGGUCAUCAGAUAUCCGUUCUACGCCUUGAACAUCGCGGGCAUGUGCCCCCCGGUGUUGCAAUGGCUCCGGUACUCGGCUUUCGUCCUCCUCUACCCCUUGGGCUUCGCCGGCGAGCUGGGGACGUGGAUCGUUGGCCUGCCGCACAUCAAGGCGGUGGGUCUGCCGGGUGUGCCGGGGCUCCCGGAGGGGUUAAGCAUCUACGUCCUCUACGCCUACAUCGUUUUCGCGUUCGCAAUAGGCGCGCCCAAGUUGUACAUGCACAUGCUCCGCCAGCGCAAGAAGCAGCUGCACGGGGGCGGAAAAGUCAAGGCUUCGUGAUGUGGCCCUGGAAUUCCGGGCUUGCGUUUUCACGCUUUAGACUUCGCUCUAUUGAGCUGAGGGACACUUGCGGCCGUGCCGGUCCCAUUGGCGGCACUCGCUGCUGCCCAAGCAAAGUGUUGCUUGACUUUUGGCAAGAGAUCGAGGGCAUGUUUUCGGUCGGGGGGAGCUGUCACACGGGCUCUUCAGGGAAACUCCUUGUCGGCUAGUAUGCAAAAGGCGUAUUGGAGGAACCCAAAGACGGCCUGGCGAUACAUGAGGUUGAAGGAGGUGGUGGCCCCAGGUCCAGAAGGGUCGGGUAUGGUCCGGCGAGUGACGGAGGAGCAAUACCGGGAGCUGAACGGAUUUGCCUUGAGCGAGAAGACCCGGUCGCUGACAGCGUUUAGCAGUCGACGGUUGUUGUAACAGCUGGUGGAGACAUGAACAUAUGAAAUUGCUCAAACUUUUUUUUUUUUCAGUGGCGGCUACUAUUUGAGAGAGGUUUGGAACAAGCCAGUAUUUCAUUCUUUGAAUCCGGUUUUCUCUUGAAGCGUGCUGAGAAAUGUAUGUUUUUCUCAUGGUCGUGACAAGGCAGUUUGACUCCCUUAAAUCGGCCCUUGCUCUUAAAUAGUCUCUGUAGCCGCCACUGUAUGGGAUUGUUCAAGCGCUACGAAGAUUGUACCAAGCGCAGAACUUGGAAGUGCGAGAGGAAGUGAAUACACCGGCCCGUUGGAGGUGAUGCCACUGUUCGAUCCCAUACUUAUCUGAGGAGAAGAACUGACGUAAAAACACUUUUAAGUAUUUUGAGGAACGGACAUGGUAAAAGAUGAAAUAAUUCCCAGCGCUGUCACACAAUAUAG